AUGAGAGAAGCUGCUGCUGAUGAAACCAAUGAGAAGAAAUGGGUAGUGUUUGAUGGACCCGUUGAUGCCUUGUGGAUUGAAAAUAUGAAUACAGUGUUAGAUGACAAUAUGAUGCUUUGUUUGGCUAAUGGUCAACGUAUUAAAUUAAGAACCUAGAUGAGAAUGUUAUUUGAAGUGCAAGACUUAAGAGUAGCAUCUCCAGCCACAGUCAGUAGAUGUGGUAUGGUUUAUUUGACACAAGAAGAUUUGGGAUGGCUACCUUAUGUAUAAUCUUGGGUUGAAACUGAAUUCGGUCCCAAAGAGAUUCAACUUAAUGGAAAUAUACAAAACGUAGAAAUUCUGUAAAAAAAUGAAAGGACAUAUUUGUAAUCCUUAUUUGAAGAAUAUGUCAACGAUGUCAUCAACAAAAUCAGAAAGACAUUUAAGGAAACUAUUGGAACUAAUGACACUCAGUAAGUAGUUUCUUUAUGUAAUCUAUUGGAAGCCUUUAUCAGUGAUAAAUAUGGAUUCAAAGCUACAAUGACUGCAGACUCAAGAAAACGUUUUAUUUUGUAUGCUUUCACAUUUGGAUGUAUUUGGUCAGUUGGAGCUUCUAUUGAUGACAAACAUCAUGAAGACAUGAGUGAUUUCUUCCGUGAUCGCUUUUAGAUGUACUCAUAUUACUUAGAUACUUCUAAUGAAUUAUCUUUCAAGCAUUGGAAUGAUAAAAUUGAAGAAUUCACAUAUGAUCCCACUGAACAGUUUUUUAAUAUGCUCGUACCAACAGUAGAUACUGUUCGAUAUUCUUACAUCAUUGAACAGUUGUUAUCUAUUAAUAAGAGAGUGUAUUUGACUGGUCCCACAGGAACUGGCAAGAGUCAAGUCUUGGCUAAAUUAUUAGUUUAAAUAUAAGAACCCAGAUCGAUAGAUCCAGUGUAUAUAAUAUUUUCAGCUCAAACUACAUCCAUGGUUACAUAAAUGACUAUUGAGAAUAAACUAGAGAAAACCAGAAAAGCAUUGUUGACAGCUAAACCAGGUCGCUAGACUUGCAUAUUUAUUGAUGAUGUGAAUAUGCCAUAAUUGGAAGAGUAUGGAGCUUAACCACCUAUUGAAUUGCUUAGAUUAUUAGUAGAUAAGGGAUUCCUGUACGAUAGAAAAGAGCGAUUUUAGAAGUUUAUAGAGAAUGUUACAUUACUAUGUUGCAGUGCUCCUCCUGGGGGUGGUCGUAAUCCACUUACACCCAGAUUCACAAGGCAUUUUAAUAUGCUCUCAUUGCCUCAACCUGCAUAAUCUACUCUAUUCAAAAUCUUCUUUAGCAUCCUCAAUGGAUUCUUUGGAUAAGGAUUUACUGAUCCUGUUAAAAAAAUGUCAGAUACUAUCACAAAUGCAACUAUCGAAGUUUACAUUAGAAUCAUUAAGGAGAAACUACCUAUCCCAUCCAAAUUUCAUUAUACUUUUAAUUUAAGAGAUGUCAGCAAAGUAUUUUAAGGUGUAUUGAUGGUCAAGCCUGGAUUAGUUAGAGAAGUGGAUUAAGUAACACGUUUAUGGGUUCAUGAAGUCAGUAGAGUAUUUUAUGAUAGAUUGAUUAAUGAUAUUGAUAGAGAUUGGUUCAAAGAAUUAGUUGGAGAUCUUUUGGGCCGAUAAUUCAAAUCUAGAAUGACUAAAGAUGAUGUUUAUGGAGCCAAUAAAGUGCUUUAUGGCGAUAUCCUAAAAAUUGAUUCAGAUAAUAAAGAAUAUGAAGAAAUCAAAGAUGUUGCAAAAUUAGUUAAGAUUUUAGAGGAUAAAUUAGAUGAUUAUAAUACUGAGUGCAAUUCGAAGACAAGAUUAGUAUUCUUUGGAGAUGCAAUCGAUCACAUUUUGAGAAUCUCUAGAAUCCUCAGGUAACCAAGAGGAAAUGCAAUGUUGAUUUGGUGUUGGAGGGUCAGGAAAACAAUCGUUAACUAGACUGUCAGCCUUUAUUCAUUAGAAAUAACGAAGAACUUUUCAGUUGAUAACUUUUAGGAUUUCUUAAAGAAAAUAUUCCAAAUAUCUGGGUUAUAGGAAAAGCCCUUAUGUUUCUUAUUUACUGAUUCUUAGAUUGUGUAUGAAAGUUUCCUUGAAGAUAUUAACAAUAUUUUGAAUUCAGGAGAAGUGCCAAAUAUUUGGAAACCUGAAGAAAAGUAACCAUUGCUUGAAGAAGUCAAGAAAAUCAAUGCAAGAUUGAAGAGACCUGAAGAUCCUGAUACUCUUUACAAAACCUUUGUGGAAAGUGUUCGAAAUCAAUUGCAUAUUGUGUUGUGCAUGUCUCCUGUUGGUGAUGCACUUAGAGUUAGAUGUCGUAAAUUCCCUGCCAUGGUGGAUUGUUGUACUCUAGAUUGGUUUUCAAGUUGGCCAGCAGAAGCUUUGGUUUCAGUGGCUACUAAAAUUUUGGAAUAAGAGACCGAUUUCCCUUAAACCGAUAUUCCAUAGAAACAAUUGAUUGAUAGUUUGGCUUAGAUGUGUAUGGAAAUUCAUAUAUCAGCUAAAGAUUGUGCAGAUAAAUUUGAAGCUGCACUUAAACGAAAGGUUUACACUACUCCUAAAAGUUAUUUAGAUCUGAUCGGAUUGUAUUUAAGUAGUCUGAAAAGAAAAAGAGAAGAAUUGCAAUUAAAAUAAAAGAGACUGUCAGGUGGUUUAGUUAAGUUAAAGAUGGCUAAUGAACAAGUUGCAGGUUUACAAGUGACUCUGACUGAUCUCAAACCUUAAUUGGAGGAGUCUUCAAUAAAGGUGUAGGAGGCUCUUGAAAAAGUCAAUUAAGAUUCCUAUCUUGCAAGUCAAUAGGAGUAAUUGGUUAAAGCUGAAACUGAAGAAGUGAAUAAGAAGGCUUAAGAUGUAAAGAUAAUAGCUGAUGAUGCUCAAGCUGAUUUAGAUGUUGUCAUGCCUGAAUUAGAAAAGGCUUUGAAGGCAGUUGAACAGAUGGAUGAGAAUGAAAUUAAAAUCGUUAGAACUUAUAACAAUCCUCCUUAAGCAGUCGUCAUGGUUCUUGAGGCUGUCUUAACCUUAUUAGGUUUAAAUACAAGUUGGGACUCUGCCAAAAAGGCUAUGAUUGAUGUCGGUUCAUUUGUAAGUUCAUUGAAGAACUAUCCAAGAGAUAAUAUUCCAGAUAAGAUACUCAAUAAUUUGAAAAAAAUCAUUUCGAGGGAAGACUUCGUACCUGAUCUAAUCAGAACUAAAGCUAAACCAGCUGCAGAUAUGGCAACUUGGUGUUUGGCUAUGAAUACAUACUCUAUUGUAAGCAAGAAAGUAGAACCAAAGAAGAGGAAAGUGGCUGAAAUGAUGGCAGUUUUUGGAUUCAGCAAAUAAGGAAUUGGCAGUUAAGGAGGCUGA